AUGUCGGACUCUGUCGAUCGAGUCUUUGUCCAUGCGCUCAAUACGGUCAAGAAGAUACCGAGGACGGGCACUGCCCGUCCCCCGGCGGCAGAGAGAUUGAAGUUAUAUGGAUUAUACAAGCAGAGCAUGGAGGGGGAUGUGGAGGGUAUAAUGGACCGACCCGUGGGCGAUGCGCCGGAUGUCCAAGCUGAGCGCGAGAAAUGGGACGCAUGGUACUCCCAACGCGGCAUAUCCCGCACCGAAGCCAAACGACGCUACAUCACAACCCUAAUCAACACAAUGCAUCUCUACGCCUCCCAAACCGCCGAAGCCAGAGAACUGGUCGCAGAACUAGAAUUUGUCUGGGAUCAGAUUAAAUAUAAUGCUUCAUCAUCGACGACGUCGUCUUCGAGUCCGAUACAACCCGUGAAAACUUUGCCGGUCGUUGUGCAUCCUGCUGCCCCGAGACGGUAUGCAAGUAUAGAUGAUCGAAUGACGCGUUCAAUGCCCGUGGAGAUGGAGGAUCAAGAUGAGGAUUUGGCGAUAUAUCGGAGACGAUCUGGGGAUUCGAGACUGAGGGUGCUGAGUCCUGUUAGUCAGUCUGAUGAAGCGGACGUAGUCCGAUCACACCGUCAGGACGAAGAAAGUAUAGACGACGACGACAACGACGACGACGAAGAAGAAGAAGAAGAAGAAGAAGAAGAAGAAGAUUUCCAAGAAGCCCGAGACGGCACCUCAUUCUCCUCCGAACCUACCCCCCACGACACUCCAAUAAUAGAAGAAAAUAAUAACCGCACCCGCAAAAGACGAAAACGAACCCAAUCCUCUCCCCAACCAAACUGGCGCAACCGCAUGGAACAAGCCCUCACAAAGAUGACCGCCGAAAUUGCCGCUCUCCGCGAACAACUCGAUUCCACCCACCACCACCACCAUCAUAACAACUUCAACUACCGCAAACCAUCAACAUUUUUCCGCUGGCUCCUAUCAUGGGGAAAAUGGCUUUUAUAUCAGAGCUUGCGCCAACUCCUCUGGCACACUUUUAUUCUUUCUGUGCUUCUGCUUUGGCUCAGGGUAAAGGGGGACAGGAGACUUGAGCGGAAGGUUGGAGAUGUAUUGUUUAAAAUUAGAGGUAGAGUGGUGAGUUUGCUUAGACUUGUGCCGAGACGGUGGCCGAGAUUGGUGCAUUUACCUCUUUUAUAG